CGUCACGCGGGCGUUUGUAUGAACAGCGUGUGUGUGAGGAAAUAUUAAUAAGUUUACAGUUGUGUUGUGUGAAUCUCUUAAAGUCUUACAGGAAUAAUGAAUGUUCAACCGUCAAACCCAAAUAAUCCUAUCGUGUUUUUCGACGUCAGUAUUGGCGGACAGGAAGUGGGCCGAAUGAAGAUCGAGCUGUUUGCUGACAUUGUGCCAAAGACUGCUGAAAAUUUUCGGCAGUUUUGCACUGGAGAAUUUAAGAAGGACGGUGUUCCCGUGGGCUAUAAAGGCUGCACGUUUCAUCGGGUCAUUAAGGACUUCAUGAUUCAGGGAGGAGAUUUUGUCAAUGGUGAUGGCACUGGUAUCUGCAGUAUUUACAGAGGACCGUUUGCAGACGAGAACUUCCGAAUGAAACAUUCAAGUCCUGGACUCUUGUCAAUGGCCAAUAGCGGGCCAGGAACAAAUGGCUGUCAGUUUUUUAUCACCUGCACAAAGUGUGACUGGCUGGACGGGAAACAUGUAGUAUUCGGAAAAGUGGUGGAUGGUUUGCUUGUCAUGAGAAAAAUUGAGAAUGUACCAACAGGACCCAACAACAAGCCCAAGCUGCCCAUUGUCGUUGCUCAGUGUGGGGAAAUGUGAUUUUCUUUUAUCAUCAGAUUGCUCUGUUUGGCUAUUUUGCAUCAAAAACUAUCUGGAACCAAACAAUUUUGCAUUUGUUUGCAAAUCUUCACGACCUUAUAAAAGACAAACGUGUAAACUUUCAA